GGAAAUGAGAAAUUGCGAAGUUGUAAGUUUAUACAUAGUUUAUACGGUUUAUACUGUGGUUGUAAUUAAAUUACGUUUAUCCAAAUUAUUUCCUUUCCAGCAUAUAUAUUUAUUAUCAAUGUCUCUUAUUGCAACAGAAAAAUGAUAGAAUCAUGUCCCAAAAAACGUAUGGUCUUGGGCAUAACUAUUCUAGGAAUAUUAACUAUAUUAGUCUUAUUUAUCGAGUCUCAUUGGACAGAAGCAAAUAGACCCAAUAGACGAUCUAAUUUCAUUGUCGAACAAAACUCUACUUGCUGGGAAUCGGGGAAAUAUCAAGUAAUUAAAGAUUGUGAACCAUGUUCAGCAUUUGAAAUACGAAGUAAAAACAUAGGUGUCUGUAUCCAUACCAAAUACAAAGAAGUUUUAAAAUGUGCAAACGGUGAAACUGUCACCAGAAGUUGUGAUCGAGCUGCAUAUAUUGAUGAACAACAGUUUUGGCGAUUUGAGGGAUUUAUGUUUGCAACCAGUUUAAUAUCUACAAUUUGUGUUAUAUGUAGAAGAAAAGUUUUAACAAAAAGGAUUUUGCAGAGAGUUCAAAGACAAAUUGCCAAUUGUGUUUGAAGAAAUACAUAUUUUAAUUUAAGAUGGCGACCAAUAACCUGUUCAUCUAUGCCUUCCAAGGUCCAUCAAAAUUAUUUUGGGUCAAUAUCGAGACUUUAGUAGUACUUUUUAUAUACAAGCUAGCUAGAACACAGAAAGUUAAUCUAGUUGUCAAAUUAAUGUCUGGACAACCAUCAGAACCACUCAUCGAAAUUUCUUUAAAAGAGGACGAAUAUACAAUUCCUGCAACACUUCCAGAAAUAACAACCUUGGCCAGCGGACCUGUCAUCGUUUCUGGCAAUCAAGUAACUGCAGGUAUUUGCUCCGUGGCAAGAAGUCUUAUUAAAAUGAGCCCAGAAAAGGAAAUCCGGGAUUUACUUGGUUUCCGGGAGGCAUGUUUACUGGCAUGUUCGGAAAAUUCCAUAUGGACUCGUUUCUGUGAAGUCGACAUUAUACAAACCGUAAAGAAUGUCCUUCGACAGCGAUACAUUUUUAACAAAAAAUUUGAAUUACCAAUCGAUUUAGCAAGAUUCGAAUAUCACAUGUCUACACCCGUUAGAAUGCAUAACGUAUAUAAGGAAGCCAGAGUUAAAAAUAACAACAAAGCUAUCAUAUCUGGAAUUCCAAUGAAUGAGCUAAAUUUACAUCACACUUUUAGUGAAGGAUCAUCGAUGACUUUGUCCGACGUAAUUUUAUAUCAGUGUUAUGAAGUGCUGUUAAAAAAUUCUCCGUUCGAUCUAUUAAUACAUAGAUUACCGUUGACGGUAAAUUGGUUCAACAAAAUGGAAAUUUCUUUGGUUUCGUCGUCUAAAUUUACGGUUGGUAAAACUUUGAUCGAAGUUACGGACAUUAUAGAACCGAAUUUUGUUAAGCAAAGCUUGUACAAAGCGGAUCCUUCACGGUAUAGACCAGAAAAACGCGUAUUUACGAAACAAAACGAUAUCGAGCAUGCUUUUGAACAGUUAGAAGAAAUUAAAACUGAAAUAGUUAACGAAAUAGUGCCUUUUGGACACGAUGUUUAUUUCAGCUGGUCGAAUGUUCCUUUGGAGGCGAAUCCAAGAGGAGGAGCUUUACCUAAGGAAAGAGCCAGCAGGAAAAGCGAACAAUUGAAAAAUUUAACCAAAGCAGUGAUUAAGAUAGCGAAAAAUCACUAUUACAAAAUAGUGGAUUUUUGUAGCGGUAGCGGACACUUGGGGAUCUUAUUGGCCACCUUGUUGCCAAAUUGUGAAAUUGUGCUCGUAGAAAAUAAAGAAAGAUCUCUCAUGAGAGCCAAAGAGAGAAUAGAAAAAUUGGGACUAUCGAAUGUGCUGAUAGUGCAGUCAAAUUUGGAUUAUUUUCAAGGGGAUUUUGAUAUUGGAGUUGCUUUGCAUGCUUGCGGGGUCGCCACCGAUCUUGUUAUUCAAAAUUGUGUAGAAAAAAAGGCGCAUUUGGUGGUGUGUCCGUGUUGUUACGGUGGAGUUCGGGACUGCCACCAUUUGACGUACCCGAGAAGUAACAAAUUCAAAAAGAUCGACUUGGACUAUAAUAAUUAUCUGAAUCUUGCUCACGGCGCGGAUCAGACGCAUGACGAUGAAAACGUGAAGACGAAACAGGGUUAUUUUUGUAUGGAUGCUAUCGAUACAGAUAGAAAAUUUUUCAUUGAAAGUUUUGGGUAUAAAGUGUUUUUAGGAAAAUUAGAACCCACUACUUGCACAAACAAAAAUAAUUUAUUAGUUGGUUUAUUAAAAGACAUAGAAAGUAUUUAAUUUGGUUGUAUAUUUUUAUGGUUUUCUUUAAAAAAAAUAUAUAAAUUUUAAAUUGCUUCGUUUUUAAUUAUGUUAGAAAGUUUUUCAUAGUUUACUAUGUUGUAUGUGUUUGGUUUUUCAUUAUAUUCUUCUGCUUUUUUGAAUUGUAUAUUAAGGAAAAAGUAUCUACAAGUUCAAAAUUUUCGAAAAAAAAUGUGAAGGUAUAUAUACAACCUUUAGUAUUAUUUUACCAAAAUUUAAUCCAGUUUGAAUCAUUUGUUCUCAAAAAAAAUCGGAAAAUUUACUUUUUUACAAGUAUGAAACAAAGAAACUAGAAUAUCAAGAGAGAUCAUUAUUUCAUAAAAUAAAUUAAUUUUGGUUAAAAAACUUACAUCAUUUUUUUUAAAUUUUUGAACUUGCAAUGAC